GAAAGCGGCCCUUUCCCCACGGCCUGGCCAUGACCCUGCGGAGGCUCCGGCGACUCCGGCCCGGGCAGCCAGAGCGAGAGGCGCCAGCGGCGGAGGCGUUGAGCGAGGGAGGGCCAGGCGCUCUGCGGGACCGGGCGUCGGAGCUGGAACGGGCGCUGGCGGCCUCGGGGGGCACCUUGCCCCGAACCCGCAGGGACUCUGGAUUCAAAUGGCGAUCUCUCAGCCAGUCACCUGAGCAGCACAGGAAGAUGAUCAUGCUGGAGAAGGAAGAAGCUCAAUCCUUUGGUUUUGAGAUUCAGACCUAUGGGCUGCACCACCAGGACACCAAACGUGUGGAGAUGUUCACAUUUGUUUGUCGUGUACAUGACGGAAGCCCAGCCCAGGUAGCAGGGCUUAAGCCGGGAGACACAAUUACUGGCGUGAAUGGUCUCAAUGUAGAAGGGAUCCGCCACCGUGAGAUUGUAGAGAUCAUCAAGGCAUCUGGGAAUGUGCUCAGACUGGAGACCUUGUAUGGCACGUCAAUCCGGAGAGCAGAGCUUGAGGCCCGACUGCAAUACCUCAAGCAAACACUAUAUGAGAAAUGGGGAGAGUAUCGGUCACUGAUGGUGCAGGAGCAGCGCUUGGUCCAUGGCAUUGUGGUGAAAGACCCCAGCAUUUAUGACACCUUGGAGUCUGUGCGUUCCUGCCUGUACGGCACUGGGUUGGCCAAAGGGUCCAUACCUUUUGGGAUGUUGUUGCCAAGUUCAAGCAGCACUUACAGCAGCGUGGGCUGUGUCAGCACAGCCACAGAGGAGAGUGAGGAUUCUGUGUAUCAGACUUGCUUCUUUGACUCCGCCGAUUCCUUGGACGCUCUCCCUGCAGCCGCCCAAUUCACACGGCCUCGGCCAGCUUUAACCCGCAGUGCCAGUGUCAAAUGUGCCAGCAGCAAUGGAGCUGCCCGCUUCUGGGACAAGUCAUGUGACCAAAAGAACUCCACGGGGACACCCCGGCCCAGGAAGAGCAAACACGGAAGCUUCCGCAAAAGGCUACUCAAGUUCAUCCCUGGAUUGAACCGUUCCCUCGAAGAGGAAGAGAGCCAGUUGUAAAGGGAUGCACAUGGUUAGGGAAGUGAGACUGGGCCAGAUAGUGGCCAGACUGCCUCGCCUUUUUAAAAAACAAAAACAAAAACUGG